UGGAGGGGACUCGUCGAGCCUGUCGAAUCACUGCAUUUCCUCGCAGCAGACGGAAGGACUGCAUGAUUUGGAGGGGGAUGAGACGCUGGAUGAGGAUUCGGAGGAGGAGGACGAGGAGGAUGGGGGGGACGAUAUUGUGGGCGAUGAAGAUGGGCAACCCGUUAUCUUUCCGUGGAUGAAGAAGGCACAUAUCGCGGGUAAAAUGCCGAGAGGAGGUCGGGACAGCAAUUUCGUCAUUUCCGGCUCAUCCCUGGACACCAAACGGCAACGCACCGCUUACACGCGCCACCAGAUACUCGAGCUGGAAAAGGAAUUUCAUUACAAUCGCUACCUCACGCGCAGGCGCAGGAUCGAAAUCGCGCACUCGCUCGUCCUCUCGGAGCGCCAGAUUAAAAUAUGGUUUCAAAAUAGGCGCAUGAAAUACAAAAAGGAUAACAAGUUACCAAAUACGAAAAACGUGAGGAGAAAGAAUAAACAAGCGCCAGUUUCAAAUCAUCCCGCGUCCGAAACCACUCCCCCGCCAAAUACGAAUACGACGAUAAAAGGUCACCAGGUCAAGCAGCAGCAGAUCGGCGCCAUGUCAAAUAUCUCAAUAAGCUCAAAUAAUGGAUUUCUAGAUUUGCAACAAAUGCUUAAAUCGUCCGGGUCGCCGCCGCCGCCGCCGUCUUCUGGUCCACCCCAAGGUCCGUAUGGGCUUACCAAUUUGUAGUAAAGAAGUUUCAUUUUUCAUCCACGGCAGUCUAUAAUCCGGCUCACUCGGAUUUUUGUAACUUUUCAAAGGUUUUUAGGAAGCAAAAUUGCUUAAGUUUCGAGCCAAAACCAGGUUUUUUUACUUAUGAUAUUAUUUGAAAGUUGUAAAGAUCAAACAGAAACUGGAACUUUUUAUGAAAAUUGCGAAAACUUCCUACCGAAAUAACCAUCUCUUUCUUGCAUAUUUAUCGCAAAUUACAAAAAUUUGAGCCUAAAUCAGGUUUUUUAUCAUAUUUUUGCGAAAAUAAGUUCCUCUUAUGAAUUUUGCAAAAAUUUCAGAGCAAAAUCAGAUUACAAAUCUUGCUCGUGUUCCGAAUUUUGUGAAAAUUGCAAAACUGCAAAGCAAAAUAAACAUCUCUUGCACAUUUACUGAAAAUUUAGAGACAAAAUCAGAAUACUGUAGAAAUUUUGCACCAUACUUUCCAUCCCUCAAGUUUUUUCUUUUGUUUUUACCGAAUUUACAAAUAUCCGAGUGAAUCGCAUUUUUUUAGACUUGGCACAAAUUUCAGAAACGUGUAUACGAUCAAAAAUACGUAUUUCAAAAUAAGUACAUGCGUGUAGUAGUCUUCUAGUGAGUGAUAUUCUGUAUACGAUUUAUCCACCUAAGUAAUAAAAUAGGUAAUUAAUUAAUAAUUAAUUAAUUAUUCUACACCACAAAUUAGUUACUUAAGUAAAUAAAUGGACAGUAAAUAAAUAAUUAAUUAAUUAAACAAAUAAACAAACGAGCAACAAAACAAUAAUAAAAACGUGGCGAGAAAAGAAAUAUGUAAAAGUUCCAGGAAAAAAACGAAUCUCCAAAUUCCAGUCCAGAUUUUGAAAAAUAUCCAAUAAAUAUUUUAUUGCGACGACAAAAUGUACGUAAUUUUAGUUACGAGUCGAUUUUAAAAUCUCCAUGAAAAAAUAAAAGUCAUAUAAACUUAAGUAAGAAUUUCUUAUUUAAUUAAAAUAAAUAUUUAAUAAAAAUCCUGGGGAGAAAAUGUCAUUAAAUAUUUACAAUUAUUUAAAAUAUUUACUUAAUGUCAGUUCAGUAUGGUAAAUAAAAAAGGUUUAAAGUUCCUUAUUUUCAGUAUGAAUAAGAUAACGGUUUGAAUAAAGGAAAAUGAUUCUCAGUUAAAA